AAGUCCGCCUCAAUCGGAGACGGAAGUGACGUCUCAUACGAAUCCCCCCGUAGUUCCUGUCUUCCUUCUUGCUUCGAUUCGGUAAGCCGAACCGAACUGAUUCUGAGUAUCCCAGUCGCGGACAGCGAGGCGGUUCAACACGGCCCCAGAGCAGGUAUUUAUAUCCUCUCAGUCAGCCCACCUCAAGAGUACCUCAUGAGUGACUGGCAGUGUGACUUCUUCUGCUUUUUCCGCUGCUGCUGAGCAGAGGCUAUUGGGGGUUGUAGUUUACUGAGUGCUGUGUGCAGAUCAGUGGAGGUCAGUGAAAGUGGGCUCCAGGGAAUGUCCGUGGACAUGAACAGCCAGGCUUCAGACAGCAACGAGGACGACUUCGGCCCGAACUCUGAGGAGGAAGAGGAUGAAGGCGGAGAGGAGGAUGACCAGGGUGAUAUUGCGGACUACUAUGAGGGUGUCGCCACUGACGUGGAACAGCAGGGGGCCGACGCUUUUGAUCCGGAAGAGUACCUGUUCACCUGUCUCUCCUACCGGGAGAGCCAGAAAGUCCUGACAGAUGAGGUUAACAGUGUGGCCAGUGCUCUAAAGGUUCUGCCUGCUGUUGCAAAGUUGAUCCUGGUCCAUUUUCACUGGCAGGUGUCUGUUAUACUGGAGAGGUACAAGUCCAAUUCCUCUCAGCUUCUGUGUGAGGCCCAGGUCCAGCCCAGCACCUGCAGAUCUGUGCCGGCCUCCCCUCAGUCCCUGCAGUGUGGGGUGUGUCUGCAGCUGGUGAGGAAGGAUGCUCUGCUCUCCCUACCCUGUCAGCACUCCUUCUGCAAAUCAUGCUGGGAACAGCACUGCACUGUGCUCGUUAAGGAUGGGGUAGGAGUGGGUAUCUCGUGCAUGGCUCAGGACUGUUCCCUCCAAAUGCCAGAGGACUUUGUGCUCCCGCUGCUUCCUGGCGAGGAGCUGAAGGAGAAAUACAGACGCUACCUCUUCAGAGACUAUGUGGAGAGUCACUUCCAGCUGCAGCUGUGUCCUGGGGCGGACUGUCCCAUCGUCAUCCAGGUGCAGGAGCCCCGGGCCCGCAGAGUGCAGUGCAGCCGCUGCAGCGAGGUCUUCUGUUUCAAGUGUAGGCAGAUGUACCAUGCUCCGACAGACUGCGGAACCAUACGGAAGUGGCUGACCAAAUGUGCUGAUGACUCUGAGACAGCCAACUACAUCAGCGCGCACACUAAAGAUUGUCCUAAGUGCAAUAUCUGCAUUGAGAAGAAUGGAGGCUGCAACCACAUGCAAUGCUCCAAGUGCAAGCAUGAUUUCUGCUGGAUGUGCCUAGGGGAUUGGAAGACCCAUGGCAGUGAGUACUACGAGUGCAGCCGCUACAAGGAGAACCCUGACAUCGUUAACCAGAGUCAGCAGGCCCAGGCCAGAGAGGCGCUGAAGAAAUACCUUUUCUACUUCGAGAGGUGGGAGAACCACAAUAAGAGCCUGCAGUUGGAGGCGCAGACUUACCAGCGCAUCCAGGAAAAGAUCCAGGAGAGAGUGAUGAACAAUCUCGGCACCUGGAUUGACUGGCAGUACAUGCAGAAUGCUGCCAAGCUGCUGGCCAAGUGUCGCUACACGCUGCAGUACACCUACCCCUACGCCUACUACAUGGAGUCUGGACCCCGCAAGAAACUGUUUGAGUACCAGCAGGCGCAGUUGGAGGCUGAGAUAGAGAACCUGUCCUGGAAGGUGGAACGAGCCGACAGCUAUGAGAGAGGAGUCGGAGAAGUAGAGCUGAGCGCCAACGACAGAGGGGACCUGGAGAAUCAGAUGCACAUCGCUGAGCAGAGGAGACGCACCCUGCUCAAGGAUUUCCACGACACCUGAGUUCCGGUCUCUGGUUCCGAUCGGCCCCAGAAGCUUCUUUGUGCUUUCGUUCAUCUCUCUUCUUCGCUGCAUCACUCUCUUCCCCCCCUCUUCCCCCUCUUCCCCGCUUCCCUCUCGCUCUGCUGAAGUGUGGAGGCCUGAGUCUCCGAAUGGCACGAGCGCAUUAGUCCACCACCCCACCCCCAUGCCAAAAAAGAUGUAAUAAUCCUCUGACAAAAGACCAACACAUACAUGUACAUGCACAUGCAGACACGUACAUUCUCUCUCAUGCACAUACACACGCACGCAUACAGUCACACACACACGCACACACACUCACACAAUGGAAGGGUUUGACGCAUACUGAGGGCAGGACAAAUAGGCACAUUCUAAUCUUCCUCAUCUAAUCUCUCCACCACUUUUCUGUCCUUUAAUUUUUCCUGCACAUUGUUCCAUUUUUUUUGAGAAAUGGCUGUUAAUAGAGUAGGGUCAUUAAAAAAAUUUAAAAAACAAAAAAAAACAAAAAAAAAUAAAAAACCCCCUGUAAUUUUCAACGGUUGUACAUUAAUACAGAAAUAGAGUUACUGAGAGAAUGUUUUUAAAUGAGCGCUGUGUCCUGUGUGUGUUCUGUGUCUCUCUGUGUCUAGCUCUCUCACCUUCAGACCAGCAUUAGUUUGCUUUUCAAAAGCUUUACAAAGUUGCCAAAGCAUUUUGGUACAUAAGCACACAAUAUGAGCGCAUGUAACGGCACAAAAUCUUCAAAAUAUAAUUUAAACCGUAUAUCCCUGCUCUGUAUGUCUGAUUGGAACAAAAAACGGCAUAAAUCGAUGAGACCUGUCAUUGGCAUGUUCAUGCAGCGCUUGGAUCCCUGUGGUACCCCCUCUCCCUCUCCUUAUGGAAUCAUACAGGCAUAUAAACUGAGUUGCAAAUGUAGGUAUCUCUCUGCAUAUUCUGUUUGUCAAGCUUUUUUUUUUUUUCUUUUUUUUUUUUCUAGUUGCCCAUCUUACUGUGUGUCUCAUGAGGAAUUAUUUUUUGUUUGAAAUGUUACACCCUGAUGAAUUGCCACAGCAGGAUAAGGCCCUUUGACCCACUUCAGGGCUAAUAGUAUGCUAGAGAUGGAUAUUUUCGUAAGUGCCCCCUUCCAUUUUGUUGUGGAGAUUAGGAUGUUGAAAUAUUGUUGCUGUAAUGUUUUCAUUAAAUGCUGUUGCUAA